AUGUUGACACGAUUUAUAGCAACAAGAGGUACGCCUGAAGAAAUAAUUAGCGAUAAUGCUAAACAAUUCAAACUUACAAGUGACACGGUUCGUUUGGUAUGGUGCAAUGUGGUGAAAAGUGCAGAUGUUCAAGAUUAUGUUGCACAUUCUGGAGUAAAAUGGUCAUUUAUAGUUGAAGUUGCACCAUGGAUGGGGGGAAUGUAUGAACGUUUAGUGGGAUUAGUGAAAAGGUCUAUGCGUAAAACAAUGGGAAAAAAAAAGUUAACUUUUGAUCAAAUGCUUACUGUUGUCAAAGAGGUGGAAUCAAUAAUAAAUUCCCGUCCACUUGUGUAUGUUUGGGAAGAUUUGAAAUCGUCAAUAGCUCUAAUCCCUUCACAUUUUAUUUGUUUGAACCCCAAAACUGGAAUACCAGAAACCAAAGACGAUGAAGAUGACCCGGAUUUUAAUGUGAAAGAAAAUAGUAGUGAUAAAUUGCUCAAAAUGUGGAAAAAGGGUGAAAAGCUUUUAAAUGUGUUUUGGAAAAUAUGGAGAGAGGAAUAUCUUUCUAGUUUGAGAGAGCGUUCAAGAAUUAACAUCAGAUCGCCACGAAUUCAGGCAAAGAAUGCGCCAAAACUUGGCUAUGUAGUGUUAAUUAAAGACGACCUGCCACGUGGUCAGUGGAAAUUAGCACGGAUUAAAGAACUAGGGUUGAGCAGUGACGGUGAAAUUCGGUCUGCUAAGGUUACAACUGCCUCUGGGAAAGUUUUCCAACGACCCCUGAAUCUCCUCUUUCCCAUAGAAACAUCAGGUGAAACUGUAACAGACGAUGAUGUUCAAGGCAAAUAUGAUAUCGAUAAUGAACAGGGUAGUUCUGAGACAGAUAACCUACCCGACAUAAAUCAACGACCAACAAGAAUUGCGGCAACUAAGGCUAGAGAAAAAAUUCAGAAAUUGCUUUAG